AUGUCCAUGCCGGGAACUCCGGCGACGCCUGGGACGCCGACGACUCCGUCGCCGACAGCGGCCGCGGCGCGUAAGGACAACGUGUGGAGGAGCGUAUUCCACCCAGGGAGUAACUCGGCUACGAGGGGAAUGGGAUCGGACCUGUUUGAUAAGCCGCAGCCUAACUCUCCCACUGUCUAUGACUGGCUGUACAGUGGGGAGACUAAGAGCAAGGUCGAAGGUUGA